AUGUUUGGGUCGAUAUUUUUUCUCAUCAUUGCAGCCUUGACAAAUAUAAAAGUUUUGUCAAUAGAAACGAAAUAUUCAAGGAUUAAAGCGAAUUUUUUUGAUCCCAUACUUUCGGCAAACUCCUAUACAGGUCAUGUCAAGGAAAAUGAACGUAUCGUUAAAAUUGAACCACGUCUAUAUGCAUCCGAUGCUGACCAACCGACUUCGUUAAAUGGUAAAAUUUGUGGUUACGAGCUGUCAUUACACAAACAUGACGAUGUUAUUGAUGAUAUCACGCAAAACAUCCCAUUCGCUGUUGAAAUGAUUGAUAAUCAACCUAUUCUUAAAUUGAAAGCUAAUAGCGAGGCACUUGAUUGUGAAAUAAAACAAAUACAUCGAGUAUAUAUACGUGCCUUUGAUUGUGCGCCUGGUGAUAAUCGACGUUAUUCAGAAAGAUCUUCUUUGAUAAUUACUGUUGAUGAUGUUAAUGAAUAUGCACCAGUUUUUACACAUGAUCAUUAUCUAUUCAAAUUGCAUGGAAGUCAAAUCUGUGAUUCUUCAUCGUGUCGUGUUGAAGCAACCGAUGAUGAUUGUGCUAAUCAAGAUCAUCGUGUAUGCGGCUAUGAAAUAAUUACACCGAAAGUGCCAUUUUCUAUCGAUUCGAAAGGUAUAAUAUCGAUAACCGAAACAUUAAGUGGCGAUCAAUAUGAAUUUGAUGUUAUUGCUAUUGACUGCUUUCCAUCAAAUGAUAAUUCAAAAAAACUAAGUCAACCAGCUCGUGUUACUGUUAAAAUUAUCAAAUCAUGCAAACCAACUUUAAAUGAUAAAGCAUCACAAAAAUUAUUAAUUCAAUCGGAUCGUAUUCAUCUAUUUGAUACUGUAAAUGUGAAUGCAUGUGAAGAGACAUGCAAUGUUCAAGAUAUUGUUGGUACAGUUGAACUUGAUUCAAAUGGAUUAGAUAAUGGUUGUAAUCUUGAUCAAUGCUCAACGAUCGAACGCGAAUAUAUUUUAUUGCCAAAAGAUGAUAAACCAAACGAAAUUCCGCAAUCAAGAGUAGCCACGUUUAAUGGUUUCAGUCAAGCAUUAAUUGUCAAUCAAUCGGAAUUUUCGGGUCAUUUAAGUAGUGAAUUAACUAUUCGCAUGUGGAUGAAGCACGUAAACGAGAAUAAAAACGAUAAUAAUAAACAACAUAUUUUCUGUAAAAGUGACAAAAAAUCAAAAAAUCGUCAUCAUACAGCUUUGUUUAUUCAAAAUGAUCAUUUGAAAUUAUUAUUACGUAAAGGACCAGUAUCAUCGAAUUUGAAUGCAAUGCAUACAUCUGAAUGGAUGUGGAAAUUAUCACAAAUCAAUGACAAUAAAUGGCAUUCAUAUAAAUUUAUUGUUGACUAUCCAAAUAAAGUCGAUUUAUAUAUUGAUGAACAAUUAAUUGUUGCAACUAAAGAAAAUUUUCGAGCUGUUGAAGAUCAUCCAUUAUCCAUUAUUGAAGGAACUAACGACACAAUAUUUACAUUAGGAGCCUGUUGGCAUGCCCGUGCAUCUCGUAUGGUUCAACAUUUUCACGGUCAAUUAUCGGGUCUUUCAAUUGAACAAAAAGAAGAAUUACAACGGUCAUCAGAAUGCAUUCGAGACUGUCAUCAAUACCUCGAUAUUCCGGAUAUUCACCAUAAAACAAAUCUUGAAUUCGUUAGUAACUCUAAUCGAUCAAUGUGGAUAUUACGUACGGAUACAACUGAGUCCUAUGAACAAUUAUUGAAACAUGUGGUUUAUCGCAACACCUUUGAACCAAUUGGUCCACAGGGCGAACGAAAAGUAACAAUUCGCACACGUGUUAAAUGUUUAGGAGAAACAAAUCCAAAUGAAUUACCAGUCUUCACAAGAUUUAUAUCAAUUGAUGAACCGAAAAUUCCAAUUAAAGUUGAACUUAAAGGUGACACUCAUUAUGUCGUACCAGAAGAUGUUAUUCAUCAGGGUAUUUAUCUAUUUCGAACCUUAUCGAUUUUUACAAAUGCAAUAAAAAGGCAACAAGUUGAUGUAAGUGAUUGUACUUUACAAGCAACACCAUCAUUGUCAAACACUGAACAAUUAAUUAUACCAGAUGUUCCUAAUCUAGAAAAGCAAACUACAAAAGAGGGUGCAAUGUUUUCAGGUCUUGAAACCAUUGAUGCUUAUCAAAGUUUAUUUCGACAGAUCGCUUAUGUAUCACAUACACCUAUAACUUAUACGGAUCGAUCGUUCACACUUUCAUGUGCUGGUGUUUCUGAUCAUAUCAUAACAAAUGAAAUACGUGUUCGAGUUCGCAUAGAAAAACAGAUGGCUCCAUUGGCUCCAGUUGCUGCUGCUGCUUUAUCGAAUCUAUUUUUUGUAGAUAAUGAUCACGCAAGAAAUCAUAUUGUUAAUGUUCAUGAAACCAAUGAACGAGUUAAACGAAAUAUGUCAGACUGGCCUAUCGCGGUAGUUAUUUGUGUCUCGAUCGGUCUUGCUGGUGUACUUGUACUUUAUCUUGUUGUACGUAUUCGUACAACCAAUCGAAAACAUAAUCCAAACACAAAUAAUGGAGAUGACAUACAUUCUCAAAUGGAAUGGGAAGAUGAUAUUGGACUUAAUAUUACAGUUAAUCCACUAGAUGAAACAAAAAAAUCUGCUCAAUCGGUAAAUAUCCACAAUACUGAACAAACCUUGGAUGAAUAUCCAGGUUCAAGUUCGGAUGAUGAAGAUGCAGAAUUUCAAACUAAUAAUCGUAAUGAAUAUUCAUCGGAAGACGAUGGUGAGGAUGAAAAUAAUAAAAUACAUAAGAAAAAAGUUGAUCAUCAAUUGGAGUGGGACGAUGCAGCUAUUGGAUAUGGGCCAAAAAAAGUCUGA